AUGCGGAGCGAGAAGAUCCGGGUCGCGGUGCGGGCGCGACCAAGUACGCAUGGACCGUCCGCCAUCUCGUGGGCCGAUGGCCGCGUCUUCGUCGCAAAUGGCGAUGCAGCUGCGAGCUUUCGCUGCGACCGCUUCCUGGACGCGGCCAUGACCCAGGAGGCUGCCUUUGUCGCAUCGGGUAUGACCACGCUCGUGGAAAGCGCCGUCGACGGGUACGCGUCCACCAUCUUUGCGUACGGCCAGACGGGCGCCGGCAAGUCCCACACGAUCUUUGGGCCCGAGCGGUACCUCGUGCCGCCCACGCACCUGCGCGGGUCGAACCAGGGCUUCUUGCCGCGCAGCGUAGCGCUGCUCAUGGACUGCAUCGCGUCCAAGCUCGGCGAGACCCAGAGUGCAGUGCGCGUGACGUGCGUCGAGAUCUACAACGAGGCUGUUCACGACUUGAUCGCGCCAAGCGCGCGUCCGCUCACGGUGCGCUGGAGCAAAGCCACGGGCUUCUUCCUCGAAGACGCCACCGUCGUGGCUUGCAGUACGUACGAGGAAGUCAUGACCGUUGUGCUUACGGCCGCCGCCAACCGCGUGCACUCGAGCCACCGCCUCAACGACCGGUCCAACCGAAGCCACUGCCUCGUCACGUUGUAUGUCGACAGCGAGACGAACGGCGUGCGCAAGUAUGGCAAGUUGACGAUCGUCGACUUGGCCGGAAGCGAGCGCGCCCAUGACACGGGUGCGGUGGGCACGCAGCUCAAGGAGUCGGGAUACAUCAACAAGAGCCUGUACUGUCUGAGCCAGGUCAUUGGAGCGCUCAAUGCAGCCGCGACCAACAAGACCACGUUCGUGCCGUACCGGGACUCGAAGCUCACGAUGCUGCUCAUCGACAGCCUCGGCGGGCGCAGUCGGACGCUGAUGCUAGCAUGCGUCAAUGCGUCGCCCGACUUUAGCCGCGAGUCGACGCGGACGCUCGAGUUUGCCAUGGGCGUGGCGCGAAUACAGAACGAGCCAACGGUGGCCCUAAGCCCGCAGGACAAGCUCGUCAUGGACCUCCGGGCCCAAAUCAAGCAGCUUCAGCACGAGAACGAGUAUCUUCGGUCGCUCUCCACGCUCUCGCGCUCGGCGUCGACGCCCACGAUCGCACCCAAGCCAGCGUGCGGCGACGACCGCCCAGCGCACGGCAACCAAGCUGACGACGUCGCACGCCAGUCGCUGCCCCACGCGGCAACCACUCGCACGAAGGUUCGCAACCGUAUGGUUCCGAGGUCCGCGGCGCAUGCGUCGUUGCCGUCGCUACAUCGGGCCCCAAUCAGCGCCAAGGCUGCGACUGCCAAGCCACUGGAGUGUGUGCGGAGGAGCCGCAAGCGCGUUUCGCUGCCCGCUCUGGACGUCCGUCUCGAGCCGAUCGCUGCUGCCGCGCCCUGGGACGAUGCGCGGGCCGCGGAUCUGUUUCAGCAGCUCUGCCAGCUGUAG